GUGGCCAACGCCGCUGGAGCGAACCAGGAGCUCCCGUUGCAGGAGCCGGACAACUCGCAGGCGGGCGCUUCCUCGCCGGAGCCCGAGGGCGGGCCGCCGAUCUCGACCACGGCAGCGACGCCGCCUUGGGAGAUCCUCUACGAGGACGACGAGAU